UUUUUGCCAAACUUUCAAAUUUACGAUCGAUCACCUCAGCCUCUCUCACGACGUGUCGAUACUAACCCAGAUAUCCAGCGCCACCCCCCAUAUCAGUCAAGAUGCCCGACGCAACUUUCCCGCCGAAUCCUCGACACCCCGCGCCCGAAUUAG